AUGACCUGUAAUCCGAAAUGGGAUGAAAUUCAAAACAAUCUUGAAUACGCCCAAAAGUACGAGCACCGCCCGGACUUGGUUGCGAGGGUGUUUAAAACGAAAUUAAACGAAUUCAUCGACGACAUCGUCAAUAAGCAACUUUAUGGAGUCGUGCUCAAUUACAUGUACACAAUCGAAUUUCAAAAACGCGGUUUACCGCACGCCCACAUUUUAGUUACGAUGAGGCCCGAAGAUAAAUUUGAAGAUGUCGAAAGUAUAGAUAAAUUAAUAUCUGCCCGUUUGCCGGACGCAAACGAAGAGCCCCCGCAAUACAGGAGACCGUACGACGGUCGAUCGAUCCAAAUGGGAGAUGUGGUAAUCGAUAAUAGAAGCGUCGUUCCUUACAGCAGGUACGCUGCGAUGAAAUAUAAGUGCCACAUAAACUUCGAGAUAUGCGGAUCGUUGGCCUCUGUAAAAUAUUUGCAUAAGUACGUGCAUAAAGGACCGGAUUGUAUUACAAUAGAAUCGCGCAACGAAAGGAACGUCUUGGAAUGGAACGAAAUCGACCGAUAUUUAGAAUGUCGCUACGUUAGUUCGAUGGAAGCGGUUUGGCGUUUGUUUGAAUUUAAAUUAAAUGAUAAAUCCCAUAGCGUCGUUGUACUUGCCGUACACAUGCCAAACGAACAAACGUUCAUCGUAGACGACGAUGCCGAAAGUGCCGAUUUUAAAGCGGCCCUUAGAAAACCCACAAAGUUAAUGGCAUAUUUUCGAUUGAAUCAGAUCGAUCCGGACGCGAGAGACCUUAAAUAUCCGGAUAUACCCGAACACUACGUGUGGGAGGAUCGCGACGGCAGUUGGAGAAGAAGAAGUAAACGCUGUAAAGUCAUCGGCGUGAUGAUGGAGGUGAGUCCCACGGAUAUGGAAAAAUUUUAUCUUCGAAUGCUAUUGGCGCACGUAGCGGGUACCACGUCGUUUGAAGCGUUGAGAACCGUCAACGAAACGGUAUGCGAAACAUUUCAAGAAGCCUGCCGGAGAAUGGGACUUUUGGAACGCGAUCGCUGCAUGAUCGAAGCGGCGAAUAACGCUCCUCCGAAACGUCUUAGGCGCCUAUUUGCUCUUAUUUGUUUGGUUGCCGUAGAUAAUGCCGCGUUAGAAUUAAAUCAACUAUGGUUGAAUCACCGAAUGGCGUUAAUGGAUGAUUUCCUUUACGCCGGUAACGACGAAAGCUUAGCGGAAGCUAAAGCGUUGAGAGAAAUCGAAGAGCAACUACUGCGAAACGGGAAAACGCUGCAGGCGAUAGGAUUACCGUCGGUGGACGAGGAAGCAUUACGAAACGCGAGAAGAACGGCGGAUGAAGAUGUUGCAGGAGAAGAGGAACAACAAGAAGAAAUCAGAAGGUCAUUAAACGGUGAUCAAUUGCGGGUAUUCGACGAAGUGACGCAGGAAAUCGAAUUUAAUAUGGUAGGAUUACGGACCGGACGUAAUUUAUUUUACGUAGACGGGCCUGGAGGCACGGGAAAAACGUUCCUGUAUAAUACUCUGUUGAAGUACGUGUUGCGUCGAUACAGAAAGAGUGUCAUCGCGGUAGCGUGGACCGGUAUAGCGGCCGUACUGUUAGAAAAUGGAAAAACCGUGCACAGAGCGUUUAAAUUACCAUUACAAUUAAACGAAGAUUCCGUGUCAGGAUUUGCCGUCGAUAGUCCCGAAUCCGCUUUUAUUAGAGACGACGUGCAGUUGAUUGUUUGGGACGAGGCGCCGAUGUCGCCUAUCUUCGCGUUGCACGCCGUCGAUAGAUAUUUAAAAGAUGUUAUGCGGUCGGAUCGUCCGAUGGGAGGAAAGGUAUGCGUCUUCGGUGGAGAUUUUCGUCAAGUGUUGCCCGUUAUUCCGCGAGCGAGAAAUGCCGAGAUUUUAGCGCAAUCGCUAAUAAACAGUUAUUUAUGGAAUAAAAUGCGUCACAUGAAAUUAACGGUCAACAUGAGAGUGUUGCCGGAUCAGAUAGAGUUUCGUGAAUGGUUAUUAAAACUUGGAGAAAAUAAAUUACCGCACGUAAAUAUGCCGGGAUCCGUCGGCGCCCCGGACGAUUUGGUAGAGAUACCCAGACGGUGUUUAACGGCUAAUUUAGAAUUAUUAUUGCGCAAAAUAUUCGGACAAGACCUCCUCGACGAAGACUUAUCCAACAGAGCCGUCUUAUGUCCGACCAACGAUUCGGUUCACGAAGUGAACGAGAAGAUUUUGGAUUCGAUAGUUGGCGAAUCGAAAACCUAUUAUAGCGUAGACGAAUAUCACGCCGAACCGGGUGACGAAUUUCACGUGCCGUUGGAUUAUUUAAAUUCGGUUAAGUCGUCGUCGUUGCCGCCGCACGAAUUGCGCGUUAAAGCGGGAGUGGUCGUUAUGUUACUAAGGAAUUUGGAUUUGGAGGGCGGUCUCUGCAACGGCACCAGAUUGAAAGUUUUGAGGAUGUUCGAUCAUCAAUUGGAAUUGGAGAUUUUAACCGGGGCCUGUAGAAACGACAUCGUGAGAAUCCCGAAGGUUAAAGUGCAAGUGAAAGAUUCGACGUUACCGAGGCCUAUGACGCGAUUCCAAUUUCCGGUUCGUCUUGCGUUCGCAAUGACGAUAAAUAAAGCGCAAGGACAAACGUUUUCGAAAGUCGGCGUUUAUUUGAAAGAGCCCUGCUUCGCGCACGGGCAGCUGUACGUCGCAUGCUCGAGGGUCGGUCGAUACGACGAUUUAUAUUUUCACAUCGAAAACGGCGUUAAACAAGGGGCGUUUAAAUACCGAAACGGGAGGAAAUUUACGAGAAACGUAGUAUUCCAGGCGGCGGUAACGUCUAGCAGAUGUAUGGCGAUGAACCGCACGGCGAACGUCGAUUUGUAUACCGAGCGCGACGUCGAAGAGGCUAUCGCCGCGGCCGAGAGGAUCGAAAACGACGACGAAGAACGACGACAGCGACUUCAACAACAAAUAGAAUCGGACGUGGAAGAACUAUCCAGCAGCGUAAGCGAAAUGAGCGUAGAAGACACCGAGUGA